GUUUUUUUAACAGGUCCUUUGAUUUCCUGUUCUGGUAUUAGCCGCUUCUUGAACGUUUUAAUCAUUAUAAUUUUGUUUUUCGUGAUAUAAUGAACUUAAAUUGCGACGGAAGCGAUUUUAUUCAUUGGCCGAACGUGUUUGGAAGUUUCGAAAUGAACAUUGUUCCAAACUGAAUUGUCUAAUUAGUUUCUUUCUCUAUCGGAGUUUAAAUCCGGAAAUGCCGAAUCUAUAAAGCGAGUUUCAGUUGCCGCAGAUUGUCAAGCCCGUCAGUUCCUAGAAUUGUAAUCAGCGGGUUCUUGUCACAAUUUGACAGUUCCGGUCUUGAGCGUGCCUGAACUUCCUGCCAGGAGGCAGAGGAGAAAUGUGGAAGAUCUGUGAUCAAGGAACAUGAACUGCGAUGAGUUUGUCAUAGAUAAACACUUAGAGUUUGUUACAUUUGAGCCCUUCUUUCCCCCACAUUUUCCACAAUUGCUACGUAAUCUCCCACAGUGCCAAUCCACAUCAAAUUAUGCUUCCAAUAUUUCCCAAAACCAUCGCUCAAAUUUUGGAUAACUGGAAAACAGCGCUUGCGUGUGCUUCUGCGAUCCUCCAAAAACAAUUUAAAAAUGACAAGCAGUUCGCCAUUCUUCUUUCGCCCAUAUCCAUAGAGAUAAGCAGAGACAAGUCUUACGAUCAAAGAAUUUCGGAAAUGUCAAAACCCCACAAGAAGGUCGUUGUGCGCAAGUCCCUGAAAUCGCGAAAAGUAUUGAAGCGUCGCAGAAGGAGAAGAAAUUUGAAAAAAAUGAAAACUGAAAUGGUCGAUAAGAACGUUGCAAAAAUCGAGCCAAAAGCUGAGGUGGACGUUAAGGAGGAAAAACCUAUUCGUAAGCGUCUUUACAGGUGCUGCGUCCCCCAUUGCCCAACCUACGCCCCAUCCGACAUGUUCUACCCUUUCCCGUCCGCAGACUCCCUUCUGCGACGUAUCUGGCUGGACGCGAUCCCGAGGAACAACUGGUUCGUCUGCCACAACACCCUCGUGUGCAAGAACCACUUCGCCGCCGCAGACGCCGACAACGACGCCAAGGAUAACGCGACGGAGAAGGCCGUCGUUCCUACGCUAUUUCCCAAACCCGCACCGCCGAACUUCGAGUUCAAAUAUAGAAAGAUCGAUAGGGGAAUGUUUCAGAUCCCUUCGAAUUAUGCAUUGCCGGAGACUUUCGGGGACUUGGCGCUGAUCCCGAACUGCGACAAGUUCAUCUUCGAUUUUUCGGGCUUGGUCUCCGGGUACAGGGAGCAGCUGAAGAACGUGAUGGAGGUGUGCAAGUGGUCGUGUCAGGAGUGCGACGAUCGUCUGGUUUUCUAUCGGUUGAGCGCCGACGAGGGUUGCGUCAAGAUAUCGAUGAGCGUGACGGUCGAUAGUCAACUGAGACCGACGGUGGCGCUGGAGGGCGUCAUCGUGGAUCCCCUGGAUUGCACCAGACACGUACCGGUCAACGGCUGCAUCACGCACUGGGAUCAGCUGAAUUGGAUGUUGCUGGACUACGGGUACGACAGGCCUAAGGGGAUGGCUGGUCAGGUUGUACCUUGGGAGGUGGUUUCGUCGGAUCGUGUUGUUGUUGGUUGAAUUAGGUUUAGAUUUGUUCCAUUAUCUAGGGUUGUCAAGAUUGU